AAGUGACAUACACAUAGGUCGGUGAGCGACGUUGCGUUUUUCCUUUCUUUCAAAGCGGACUUUCUCCUACCUGGUUCAGCGAAACACAGUUUAGGAAUAGUUAGGCAAGGUUCCAGCUUGUUCCUCAGACUUCUUCCUGACGUUGCCUUGAAGCCGCGGUGCAGACACUGGUGCGUGGCCCUUCACCAAUCAUUCCGAUAUAUCGGAACCAGAACUGAUUUAGUCAAGAGAAGACCAAUCGCAACACUAGCUACUGCCACCGUUCGUUUGAGAUAUCGGCUGUCUUCACGUCAGUCUCACUGGCAAGAUGGCGGCCUCGUUCCUUCUUCUAGCUGUAGCUUUCUUUCUAUCACAAGCAGCUGGCCAGGAUAAUGACUCAAUAACAGAGCCCAUCCAGGGUUCAGCGUUUCACUUGCCAGAAGUUGUAGGUUAUGAUGGCUGGUACAACAACCCUUCUCACCCCGAAUGGGGUGGAGCUGACAUGCAUUUGUCACGCCGUGUACCACCACGCUACUCAGAUUCUACGUAUGAGCCGUGGACGGCCGGUCGUCCCAACCCGCACGAAGUAGCCACUGCAACCAUGCUCGGCUACAAGGGUUUGAAGUCCUAUCAGAACAGAACUGCCCUGCUGACCUUCUUCGGCCAGCAGGUCGUAGAAGAGAUCCUGGAUGCACAGAGACCAGGCUGUCCUCCAGAAUACUUCAACAUUCCCAUCCCCACCGGCCAUACACUCUAUGACCCUGACAGUGAAGGCGGCAAGGAAUUGCCAUUUUUGCGAUCCAGGUAUGACAAGUCCACAGGACAGUCGCCGAACAAUCCAAGACAACAGCUGAACGAGAUCACACCCUACAUCGACGGUGGUCUGUUCUACGGUGUAACCAAAGCCUGGGCGGACGCACUGCGAAGCUACACUAACGGGACCAUGGCCUGCGCAGACCCGCCGGAGUGUAGGUUCCCGGCUAAGAAUACCAUUGGUCUGCCCAUGGCCAAUCCACCGCCACCAGCUGAUCAUGUGCUCAAGACUGCAAGUCGCUUCUACAAGCUUGGAAAUCCCCGCGGUAACGAGAACCCGAUGCUUCUCGCAUUCGGAGUAAUCUGGUUCAGAAACCAUAACUAUCAUGCCCAGAGAUUGGCAAAAGAGUGGGCUGCCAUUGGACGUCCUCUGAAUGAUGAGCUGCUGUUCAACCGAGCAAGACAGUGGGUCAUUGCUGAGCAUCAGAACAUUGUACUCAAUAUCUGGCUGCCAAGUUUCCUUGGCGUAGAGAUCAACCCCUACCCCGGAUACAGCACGUCUACCUUCCCUGGAAUUACACAUGCCUUCCAGACAUCUGCCAUGCGCUUUGGGCACACAUUGGUGCCACCGAUUGCUUACAGGGCAUAUGCAAAAGAUUCGUCUUCAGGAGCAGUUCCAACAAACAACUCGGAUUGGAAGUGUGAGUUCCGCCCUCUGAAGCCAUCCUCCACUUCAUCAUCUUCUGCCAUCAGAACAUGCCAGUCCUACUGGAAUUCCCCGGACAUUAUCACGGAAGGCAGCGUGAAUGUCGUGGAUGAGAUCUUGUUCGGCUUGUCAAAGCAAAUCACGGAACGAGAGGAUAAUAUCGUCACUGAGGACCUCCGAGGAUUUGUGUUCGGAAGCCUGGACUUCAGUCGCCGAGAUCUGAUGGCGAUCAACAUUCAGAGAGGCCGCGAUCACGGUGUGCCUGAUUACAACACGGUUCGACAGCACUAUAAUUUGUCGAGGGUGACACGCUACAGAGACAUCAAUCCAACUAUGUAUGGAAAAGAAGGCAACAUCACAAUGGCCAUUGACAACCUCAUGAAGACGUACACAAAUUCCAGUGAAGCCGAUGCCAAUUCCACCCAGUAUGGAAUGGAUAACAUUGACUUGUGGCCAGGUGGCCUUCUUGAGACUACUGAGACGGGACCGGGCGAACUCUUUAGAGCCAUUAUCCAAGACCAGUACGAGAGAAUCCGCAACUCUGAUCGCUUUUGGUUUGAGAAUUACAGGAUGAAUGGGCUGUUCACCGAGGAGGAAGUGCAGACAAUUCGAGCGACAACGUUCCGUGACAUCAUGAUUCGCAACUUCAAAGCCGACUGGUUCCAGCCAUACAUGCUUCAGCAGGAUGUAUUCAGAUGGAACUCUGUUGUUGAUGAUCCCAACGGACGCUGCUACACGCCGUUUGAAUCUUACAGCGACGAGCAACUCACUGAUUCCAUUGAGGCGUGCUCUUCAAUGAAAACAUUCGACUACUUUGAAGGCAGCGCGGGACCGUACAUUGGCACAAUUAUUUCGUUGGGUUUGUACCUUCUCCUGAACAUUGCGCUUCUUGUCCUUGCCGUCAAAUAUCAGGAGUAUAAGAAUCUGAAAGCUCGCUCCAGCGGCCAGCAGAAGUACGACAAAGGCCGAGAUGUCUGGGCUAAUGUAGGUGUGUUCUCCUUGCAAGGAAACCCACUCAUUGCUGAAGCUAUUGAGGAGAAGACCAGGCACCCAGUGGUUGUUGCUCCCCUACCCGACACCAAGCAGCUUAGAGUGUUUGAUGCCAUCUCUGGGUCCGUUGACAGGACAAUUGACCUUGUUGGCGUGAAUCAGGUGGUCAUUCGCACUUGCCCUGCUGGUGAUAGUCCCGGUUUGGUUUGCGUUCGCUUCCCUAACCGUUAUGAUCUAGUCCUGGAGUUCUCCACACCUGUCGAUGACUUCCUGACACCACUGGGACAGUACCUGGGCUCGAUUGGAGUUAGUAUCAACCAAGAUGUCAUGGGAUCAAAGCAACUUCUGGCUGAUAUCAUUACUGAGAGUCAUCGCAAAGAACUUGUUGAGGCCUUCUUCCGUGAGCUGUUCCAGGACGCAUUGACGCAGGACGGAGGCAAGAAGAAGACGAGGAAGAUUUUCCAGCGCAGAAAGAAGGAAAGGAAGGAGGUUCUUGGGACAGAACUUACAAAGCAUGAGUUUGCUGAUGCAAUGGGCAUGAAAGAGUCCUCACUCUUUGUCGAGCAAGUCUUCCAUCUGGUGGAUAAGGACAAGAGCGGAUCAAUCAGCUUCAAGGAGUACUUGCAGUUUGUGGCACUCUUCACCAAUGGUAGUUUUGACAGCAAGAUGGACUUGAUGUUCAGCAUCUACGAUUUGAAUGGCGAUGGAGAGCUAAGCAAGGAGGAGUUUAUCAAGAUGCUCAUGUUGAUGGCAGAGGAGGCUGGUGAGAAUAUUGGUCAGGAGAGCAUCGAGAGGUCUAUUGCCAGUAUGAUUGCUGAUGCUGGUCUAGCGCACAAGACCAGCCUGACAGUGGAGGACUUUAAGGAGAUCUUUGGCAAGUAUGGCAACGAGCUUGACUCCACGGCCAUGCAGAUUCACGGCAAGACUGCCAGGAAGUCCGUUGUGAAAGCUACCACCACUGUGACCAGUGCGACAUCUCAGAAGAAACUUGCCGGUGUGAGCAGUGCUGGCGGCGGCCAAGAUGAGACUGAUGCAGCACAGUUCAGGCAGCGCCUUGCCACUGGCCUCAGGGCAGAUAAGAGCAGAUCAGCAGCAGCAAAGGAAGCACGGAAGGCCUAUGCCAGUCACGAGGAUGAAGACUUCACUUCAAGCAUUCACGUCGAGCCUCUGCCGGUGGAUGAAGAGCUUGGCAACAGCGAGGAUACACAGAAGGACUCGCGUUCCCUCCUGUACAUGCAGCGAGUGUGGGAAAACUAUCGCCUGCACAUCUUCUGGUUUGCCCUCUACCAGCUAGUGACACUGGCCAUAUUUGGCGAGAGAGCCUACUACUACUCGGUGGAACGUGAGCAUGCCGGUCUGCGUCGCAUUGCUGGCUAUGGUGUCACUGUGACGCGUGGAGCUGCGUCCGCCAUGAUGUUCACAUAUUCUUCCCUGCUCGUCACGAUGAGUCGUAAUGUUAUCACUCACCUCCGUGAGACCUUCCUCAACCGUGUCAUUCCCUUCGAUGCGGCUCAUGGAGCUCACAAGGCCUUUGCCAUGACAGCACUCUUCUACACCGUCAUACAUAUCCUCGGACAUUGCAUCAACUUCUACCACAUCAGCACGCAGACGGCCAACGAUCUCACGUGCCUGUUCCGCGAAUACUACCAUCUGUCUGAUGAGCUUCCCAAGUUCCAGUUCUGGAUGUUCAGCACUCUGACCGGUGUGACCGGCUAUGUUCUGACGCUGGUCAUCAUCACCAUGUACGUGUUUGCUUUGCCAACGGCCCGUCGUUACCUGUUCAACACGUUCUGGUUCACCCAUCACCUGUACUUCGUCCUCUAUGCUCUCCUGAUCCUGCACGGAAGUGGACGUCUUGUGCAGCCACCACUCUUCCAGUGGUACUUCAUCGGCCCGGCACUCCUCUUUGCAGCUGACAAGCUCAUCAGUAUCAGCCGAAAGAAGACUAAGAUCAUUGUGUAUAAGGCCGAGAAGCUGCCGAGCGGAGUCACUCACUUGCAAUUCAAGAAGCCCACCAACUUCAACUACUUAUCUGGCCAGUGGUGUCGCAUUGCCUGUCUAGCACUCAACUCCGAGGAGUACCAUCCCUUCACCCUGACAUCGGCACCGCAUGAAGUCACCCUCGACCUGUACAUCCGUGCAGUUGGACCGUGGACACACAACGUUCGCCAGGUGUACGAUCCAGACAACGCAAAGAACAAGGACCUGAUCACGGGAGCCGUGACAUUCCCAAAGCUCUAUCUUGAUGGUCCAUUUGGUGAGGGCCAUCAGGAUUGGUACAAAUUCCAGGUUGCCGUCUUGGUAGGCGGUGGAAUUGGUGUCACUCCGUUUGCAUCAAUUCUAAAGGAUCUCGUCUUCAAGCGACAGGCCAACAGUCACAUUGCUUGCAAAAAGGUGUACUUCUUGUGGGUCACGCGCACCCAGAAGCAGUUUGAAUGGCUGACAGACAUCAUCCGACAGGUGGAACAGGAUGACAAAGACCGCCUGACGGACAUCCAUAUCUUCAUCACUCAGUUCUACCAGAAGUUUGACCUGCGUACCAUUAUGCUGUACAUUUGCGAGCGUCAUUUCCAGAAGAUUUCCAACCGCUCUCUCUUCACCGGCCUGCGCUCUGUGACUCACUUUGGCCGUCCACAGUUCGAUAGCUUCUUCGAAGGUUUGCAGCAGAUCCAUUCCGAUGUUGGUCAGAUCGGAACCUUUUCUUGUGGACCGCCACCGAUGACGCGAUCAGUGGAGGCAGCGUGUGGCCACUGCAACCAGAUUGAAGGCCCGGUUUUCCAUCAUCACUUUGAAAAUUUCUAAUUUCACUGCCACUGCUUGCUUACAUGUUAUUAUAAUUAUGCUAGUGUAUAGCCGCUGAGUAGAGAACAGUUCUAGCCUUAGCCAAUGCUCUUUGUGCUGCUCUCAGUUUUCACUCUACUACCUUGUAACAGAGUUAUUAUGUAGACAUUUUCUUUCUACUUUGAUGAUUUUCCCCUCUCUACUCUCAUCUUUCCCAUUCACCACCACUACCACUGCUGCCGCCGUCACCUCUGCCUGCCUCCACUGACUGCUGUUCCGGCUAUUGCCCGUGCCAUGGCUUGAACGGUAAAAAAACUCGAGAGUCUGUGGCCCCAUCAUAGAUUGUCAGUGCUCUGUCUGGCCAACAGCCUAUUGCCCAUGCGUGUUGCUGAUAUUUUUUCUUUUCUUUUCUUUCAUUCUUUCUUUCUAUCUCUCAGGGUGUGUAUAGCUGGUGACCGUCAUUCUGCGAUGCCUUGUAUACCUGGUAUUUUCUUCCUCUCCCAGAUUCUAUUAUUCUAUUAUGCUGCACCUUCAUCUUGUACUUUGUUUGUUCUAACUUUGCUCGUUUUCAAGUAGGCAUUUGGAUGAAGUACCAUGCGGGUUUUGCCACAAACGCAUGCUAUAACACCAA